GUCCUGCGGUGCUGGUAUUUAGAGCGCAGCGGCUGACGGGCCGGAUCGCCUCCGCAGCUCCCGCCGCCCGCCGCCCUCGCCCGCCGCCGCCGCCGCCCGCGCCGCUCGCCCCCCACCCGCAGACAUGUCCGAGGCCAAGAGCGGCCCCGAGUACGCCUCCUUUUUCGCGGUCAUGGGCGCCUCGGCCGCCAUGGUCUUCAGCGCCCUGGGCGCUGCCUACGGUACGGCCAAGAGUGGCACCGGCAUUGCCGCCAUGUCCGUCAUGCGGCCGGAGCUGAUCAUGAAGUCCAUCAUCCCCGUGGUCAUGGCGGGCAUCAUCGCCAUCUAUGGCCUGGUGGUGGCUGUCCUCAUUGCCAACUCCCUGAAUGAUGGCAUCACCCUCUACAGGAGUUUCCUGCAGCUGGGCGCCGGCCUGAGCGUGGGCCUGAGCGGGCUGGCGGCCGGCUUUGCCAUCGGCAUCGUGGGGGACGCGGGCGUGCGCGGCACGGCCCAGCAGCCCCGGCUCUUCGUGGGCAUGAUCCUGAUCCUCAUCUUCGCCGAGGUGCUGGGCCUCUACGGGCUCAUCGUGGCCCUCAUCCUGUCCACGAAGUAGCCGUCCCGCCCCGCGGCGCAGACCACGGUGUAAAGGCCCCCCUCAUUCCAGAAGAGCAGCCCGGCCGCACGCGCGGGGCGCCGCCCCCAGUAGCUGGUCUUGUGAAUGCGCGUGUCCUAGUGCCCGCCUCGCCCGGCCUUGCCCCCCGCCCCGCG